AUGGGCAAACCAAGCGGAGGGUGUGGUACGUGUCGUGCGAGGAGAGUCAAAUGCGAUGAAGCUAGACCAGUCUGCGGUCGUUGUAGAAAAGCAAGGCGGACUUGUUCCGGCUAUCGAGACCCGCACUCGGUAUGGUUUAGAGACGAGAGCGAUGCAGUAGCCCGAAGAGUCAAGAGAUCUGCCAAUUUAGACACAGAAUCUUCCUCCACAGAGCCUUCGGUUUUGACGCUAGCAAGACGAAACACCUCCCAGGGAGUAAAUCCUGGACACUACCCUCUGCGGUUCCCCCUAGCGAUAGUUAACUUUGCGUUGGAUCAUACCUUCCAAGCCACAUGCUUUUUCCUGAACACGUACACGUGGUUCAAUGCGUCUAACACGGUGGAAACCUCCUUCAAACAUGGUGCUGGUUCUGCUGAGUCCCUUGGCCAGAAAGCUAUGAUGGCUAGCAUUGCAUCCGUGGGCUUAGCGAAUCUUGCUAGUAUGCAGAGGUCCUCGUCAAUGCGGCUGUCGGCUCGGCGCGAGUACACUAAGGCUCUGCAGCUGACGAACUCAGCUUUAUGCGAUCCGAAAAUGGUUACAGCAGAUACCACGCUAACCGCGAUCGUUUGCUUAUCAUUAUUCGAGAUUAUUGCUUGCCAGAGAAAUGAGAGCCUGCUAUCCUGGACCGAACACUCACAGGGGGUGGCAACUGUCCUUGAACUUCGCGGCAGAGAUCAGCUUCGGCGCGAAGGCGGGUUCUGGAUGUUUCAAGCCCUCCGUAAUGAGGUGCUCCUCGGUUGCCUACAAAAGAAGACGAGACUCCCUUCUGUCCUGAUCGAUAUGUCUGAUCAAGUAGCUACCGACCUGAUGUCGUAUACUCUUCCAACUGACGGAGAUCGACUAGUUAAGGUCAUGGCUAAGUUCGCCGGGGUUCAGGCUGAUGUCAGAGAAGGAAUACUCUCGGACAGCAGUGAGAUUGUGAAGAUGGCCAUGGCCAUAGACUUGGAGCUAGAGCAAUUCGCUAGUAAUGUUUCAGCCAGUUUCACCUACAAGGUAGAGACACAGCCGGGCAGUGUCUCAUCCUGCGAGGACGAGAAGGGCAAUUUCUGCCAUUACCAAGGGACCUAUCAUAUCUAUCAAUCCGUCUGGUCCUGCAAUAUUUGGAACAACUACCGCUACAUCCGAAUCCUCGUUAACGACAUGAUCCUGGACCAUCUGCGAUUGAUGGCAUUGGGUGGCCAUCAAGUGCUAGACUAUGGCCUCUUCAAGGCCCAUUGUAUUCGGAUCCGUGAUCUGAUGAGGCAGCUCGCCACGGACAUCUGUUGCUCUAUUCCUUUCAAGUUCGGAGUUGCUGGCAACGAAAGCAAGAAUGUCUUUGAUUCUCCGCAUACCUAUGCGGGCACAGGGUUCACUUUGCUUCUGCCGUUGACCAUGGCCGCACUUGUUGGCGGAGCUUCAAGCCCGAUGCAUAACUGGGCCAUGAGAUGCUUCAACGUGAUUGGUCGGGAGAUGGGCAUUGGGACCGCUUUAACCAUCAUGACCGUCUUAAGGGAAGAACAGGGUGGGCUACAUUGGAUAGAUGCGAUGGAGUCUGGUGACACCGUUUGGCAAUGA